AUGGCUAUUCGUUUCCUCAAACAUGCAACUUUUAUUGCUGCUUUCGCAGCAUUUGUCGCAGCGCAAGACGACACCAUCAUACCCGAAGACUUAAGAUCAGGCUUUCGUUCAGGCGGAGACGAAGUACAGGUUUCUUUUACAGGCGAAGCAAUUAAUGGCUUCAAGGAUGGGACCGUGUUCGAGAAAGAUGCUGUAGCAAAGGAGCCCACAUUCGCUCUUGGCGAUAGCAGUGGCAUCUCCCCCGGCACCCUGUACACGAUCAUCAUGGUCGAUAGCACAUGUCCAAAUGCUCGAAAACUCCACUACGCUCGGGCGAACUUCAAAAACAACUUCGACAUCACCAACAUAGAAACUGAUUCACCUGCUGUUCUGGAUUACGUUGCUCCUGGCUCCGUCGGCGAGAAAGGAGACGACCGACAGUACAGUUUCCUGAUGUACACGAACCCGGGACGGAAAGAGAUCACGGAUCUGCAAUUGCCAGGAGACGACGAGGCCUUUGAUAUCACAAAAUUCCAAGAUGAUAAUGGGUUAGGGGACGCGAUGGCUGGAGUAGGGAUGCCUGCCAACACCGAGACCAGCGAGUAG